UUUAGGCCAAGCCGGUUCAGCCGCCGCUGUCAGCCCCAGAAAGCCGGCCGGAAGGACGAGCUCGCAAGAGUCACCUACCCGAGUUAUCUCCGCUUCUGUUUUUAUCCACUUUCUGAAAGAAAAAGGAAUAUGGUGUCAAUCUGAAAAAAAAGAAAAAUGGCACAGAAAGACACUUUAUUACAUCUCUUCGCUGGGGGAUGUAGUGGUACCGUAGGAGCCAUCGUGACCUGUCCCCUGGAGGUGCUGAAGACGCGUCUGCAGUCCUCAGGUCUGGCCCUGCGCCCCGUCUUCCAGGUGCAGAUGGGCUCGCUCAGCGGCACCGGGGUGAUCCGUCCGGGGACGGUCACACCGGGACUCCUGCAGGUUCUGCGGUCAAUUCUGGAAAAGGAGGGUCCACGGUCGCUGUUUCGGGGCCUGGGGCCCAACCUAGUGGGUGUAGCCCCCUCAAGAGCCAUCUACUUUGCUGCAUACUCAAAGUCCAAAGAGACGUUGAAUGGCGUGUUUGCACCCAAUAGUGGACCUGUACACAUGAGCGCAGCUGGUUUUGCAGCCUUUGUGACCAACUCUAUGAUGAACCCCAUCUGGAUGGUAAAGACAAGGAUGCAGCUGGAGAAAAAGGCCCGAGGGGAGAAGAAGAUGAACGCGCUGCAGGUUGCCCGCUACGUUUACAGAACAGAAGGCAUGAGGGGCUUCUACCGCGGACUCACCGCCUCCUACGCUGGCAUCUCAGAGACCAUGAUCUGCUUCCUCAUCUACGAGACGCUGAAGAAGCGCCUCGCCGAGGGCCGCUAUAACUCGCCCAACGGUAGCUCUGAGAAGGUAGCGUCGGACUUCCUGGGCCUGAUGCUGGCAGCGGCGUUUUCAAAGGGCUGUGCGUCCUGCAUAGCUUAUCCACACGGUAAGCAUUUAAUGAACGGUUCCACAUCCAGCUCAUCUAAAAACAUGUAUUUCCUCAGAAUGAAUAUUGCCCAAAUUAAUGGAUGGCCCAACUGUCUGUCUUCCUACCCUAAAACGAGCACUAGGUAUCCUGCUAUGCCUUUGAAAAAUGAAAGCUCAGAUGUGUCGAUUUUUGAAUAUAUGGCUGGUUGGUUUCUAAAUAUUGCCCACCCUAGCUUUAAGUAUGCAUGGGGGUAGAAUCAUGUGGUGGCAUUGGUGCCAGACUCCCAGCCAAAAGGUACUGGGUUUCGAUCCCCAAUGCCUUUACCUUUAUACCUAAUACCUAACCCCUACCAGUUACUUAAAGGUCCCAUGGCAUGAACAUUUUACUUUAUGAGGUUUUCUAACAUUAAUAUGAAUUCGCCUAGCCCGCCAAUGGUCCCCCAGUAGCUAGAAAUGGCGUUAGGUGUAAAACGAGCACCAGGUAUCCUGCUCUGCCUUUGAAAAAAGAAAGCUCAUGUGCAGAUUCUUGAAUAUUCCCCGUAUGUAUUCAUAAGGGGACAUGUUACCUCUCCUUUCUCUGCUUUGCCCGCCCACAGAAUUUGUACACUUCUUUGUUAUUUGGAUUUUGUUAUUUGGAUAACCGUUCUGUUGUUGGUGUUAUGGCGCACAACACGUCGGGUUCUCUGACGUCUCUGGUAUUUCCCCAACAAGACUCAUAGUAGGGGCUAUCUCAGCCAUGGUUGAGAAGGAAUUGGGGGGGAAAGGAACUUUGGCUUUGACUCCCUGAAGUACAUGAACCGCGACAUGGAGCAGAAAAGGAUUGUUGCCUGCGAUUGUCUCCCACCAGAGCCUCGCUGCCCGUUGCCGAGGCACCACUGCCGCUCGGCGGGAGACAAUGGCGGUCAACAAUCGCUUUCUCCUCCAUGUCGUGGUUUAUUCUACUUCAGAUUGAUUUGGUUCGCAGGGGCUUUAAUUCUGCACCAAGGCUGAAUUUCUUGAUAGUCUUCAAGUACUGUAUUAGGGGCCCACUAACACCUGUAUAAAAGCAUCCAUAAAGAAGCAUGCCAUGGGACCUUUAAACAUGAAUCUGAAUAAAUGUACGUUGGAUAAAAGCAUCUGCUUAAUGACUUGUUUGUAUGCAUUUAUAAAACUGAAUGUGGGUAGAUGUAUUUUCUUACACUUCUGUUGUG